GUCCGACUUUGCCAGCAGUAAAGAACAUGGCCGUCAGGUGUUAUGGUUUUACCCUCAUCCAGUAUGUUUUUGAUGUUUUCAAGGAUUCAGUCCAUUAAGGAAGAAUCUCAGCUGGAGACUCUGGGUAUAUUUUCCAAAGUAUUUGAUCAACAUUUUUCUAUGAAGUCAUUAGACUGCAGUGAUGCUGGGGCACCACCUGGAAGAAUUGCAUUUGAAUGACUCAGCUCCAGUACUUUUUUUUUUACGGUCUGAUGAGGAUGUCAGUUCUUCUGACACCAUGAUGGAGCGGAGAAUUCGUUUGAAGUCAGUCAAUGUUCACAUUACAUGCACACUGUGUUCUGGCUACCUCAUUGAUGCGACCACCAUCACAGAAUGUCUGCACACAUUCUGCAAAAGCUGUUUGGUUCAGUACCUGGAUGACAAUAACACUUGCCCUACUUGUGAAAUUGUGAUUCAUCAGAGUCACCCACUUAAUUACAUCAGCCAUGACCGGACCAUGCAGGACAUUGUGUACAAACUGGUGCCAGAAUUACAAGAAAAUGAACUACGGCGGCAGCAACAGUUUUAUAAGAGCAGAGGUGUUCCAUUUCCAAAAUCCAUUGGAGCUAAUGAAGAGUGUGUGGAAACUGAACGGACACACACGCAACCACCAGAUUCUGACACCCAAGACUAUCAUCGCAGCGAUGAACAAGUUAACAUCUGUCUAGAAGGUCGAGGUGUAUCGAUGCGCAAUUUGAAACGUAAAUUCAUUCGAUGCUCUUCACAAGCUACCAUAAUGCAACUGAAAAAGUUUGUUGCUUUGAAAGUAUUCAACAGUUCAGCUAAGCAUACAGAUAUUGAUAUUCUCUGUAAUGAUGCCAUCCUAGGAAAAGAUCAUACGCUGAAAUUUAUUUCAGUCACAAGUUGGCAAGCCAAAGACACACCACUAAUGUUACAUUACCGACAGAGGGUUGACUUGUGAAGGGUUAUACCCUCUUCUGCUCUUUUCUUUCUACAUACGUGCAGAGACUAAUAGACAUAUAAAAAUUCACAUGUGCACACAAUGCAUGCACAAUAUACAUACAUACAUACAUGUGUGUGUGCCUGUGUACACAGACACACACAUAUAUACACAUAUAUAUAUAUAUAUUUAUGUAUCUGUAUAUA